AUGGCUCUCAAGUUCAACGUCUUCCGCGGUUCCCCUGAGGGAAAGAUCUUUUCCGACAGCGUUGAGCGCGAUCUUCAGCCCCACGAGGUCUUUAUCGAGACGACGCACUCUGGCGUCUGUGGAACGGAUAAGCUCUACCAGCCGAGUGGCAUUGCGCUAGGCCACGAGGGAAUUGGUGUUGUUCGUGAGGUUGGCUCUGGGGUCAACACUGUCAAGGUUGGCGAUAGAGUUGGUUUUGGGUAUACGCAUGAGAUUUGCGGCAGCUGUGAUAACUGCUGCAGAGAUCUGGAUCAGUACUGCAGAGAGAGAAAGAUUUAUGGCUUUGCCGAUACCGAUAAUGGAUCCUUCAGCUACGGUGCCGUCUGGGACGCCAAGUGCGUUGUUCCCAUCCCCGACGGCUACGACUCAGCCGACGCCGCUCCUCUCAUGUGCGCCGGCUCAACCGUCUGGACCGUUCUCACCAAGUAUGGCGUUCGCUGCGACGACCGCGUGGCCGUGAUGGGCAUCGGAGGUCUUGGCCACUUGGCCAUCAAGAUUGCCGCCGCCAUGGGAUGCCAGGUUGUCGUCCUAUCGAGCUCCGAGUCAAAGAGGGAGGAGGCUAUGGAGUAUGGUGCUGCUGAGUACCAUGUUUUCAAGUCUGGAGAUGAGGCUCCGGCUGAUUUCAAGCCUGUCAAGCACCUGCUUCUGUGCGGCAGCGCAAACGUUGACUACGCCAGCCUGGUUCCUCUUGUGGACACGGAUGGCAUCAUUUACCCCCUCACAGCCAGCCUCGAAGCCACACCAGUCCCCCUGACCCAGUUCUCCCUCAAGGGAAUCCGAGUCCAGGGCUCCCUGGUCGGCUCUCGCGACAGCACCCGCAAGCUCCUCGAGUUUGCUGCCCGCAAGAACAUUAAGCCUACAAUCAUGACAUAUCCUUUGAACGAGGAGGGCAUCGAGUCAGCUCUGCAUGAUCUGAAGGAGGGCAAGGUUAGGUACAGGGCUGUUUUGGUUAAGGAGUAA